ACGAAAAUAGUCAGUAUAUUGAACGACAACAAUCGGUCUGUGCUCGAGAUUCAUUUGUGGUUACACUAGUUAAACUACCAUCUGAAGUAACCUCGACGGCGGCAGCCGCCUCCGAGGUUCCCGGCGCAAUCAAGACGACCAUCAAUAUCGGCAUUGCGAUGAACCACGUUAACGAUCAGGAAAACCUUAAACAACUCAACCUGGCACCAGUUCAGGUCAAUGAAGUCGAGGAAAUGGACACACAGGAAGAAACACCAAAUGAUGGUGGAGGAGAUGGUAAUGAUACUAGUCCUAUGAAUGGAGAAUCAGAAUUAGCUUGUAUAGUUCAAGAUCAAGAAAUGGAAGAAGACGAAGCAAGAUCAGAGGCGACAUUUCGCUUCACAGUAGAAAAUGUCUCUACAAUGAAAGAUACUCAGUUGUCACCACCAUGUUACGUUCGUAAUUUGCCAUGGAAAAUAAUGGUAAUGCCAAGGUCAAGCCAGACACAAGAGAGACCACCUCAGAGAUCACUUGGUUUUUUUCUUCAAUGUAACGGAGAAAGUGACUCUGCAUCAUGGAGUUGUUUUGCAAACGCAGAUCUGCGGUUACUCUCUUGCAAAGAAGGACAAAUUCCAUUUAGCAGAAAGAUUCAACAUCUAUUUUAUAGUAAAGAAAAUGAUUGGGGAUUUAGUCAUUUUAUGACAUGGCAGGAUGUUCUGGAUCCUGAUAAAGGUUACAUUAAAGAUGAUUCUAUUACACUUGAGGUUCAUGUCAUGGCUGAUGCACCACAUGGUGUCAGUUGGGAUAGUAAAAAGCAUACAGGAUUUGUAGGUUUAAAAAAUCAAGGUGCUACGUGUUAUAUGAAUUCUUUACUUCAAACUUUAUAUUUCACCAAUCAGUUACGAAAAGCUGUCUAUAAAAUGCCAACAGAAAGUGAUGACUCUAGUAAGAGCGUAGCUUUGGCUUUACAAAGGGUUUUUCAUGAAUUACAAUUUUCUGAUAAGCCAGUAGGUACAAAAAAACUAACCAAAAGCUUUGGCUGGGAAACAUUGGAUUCUUUCAUGCAACAUGAUGUACAAGAAUUUUUACGAGUGCUUUUAGAUAAGUUGGAAAGUAAAAUGAAAGGAACAUGUGUGGAGGGUACAGUACCAAAAUUAUUCGAAGGGAAAAUGGUGUCAUUUAUUAAAUGUAAAAAUAUUGAUUAUAAAUCAACUAGAACCGAAACUUUCUAUGAUAUACAGUUAAAUAUAAAGGGCAAGAAGAAUAUUUAUGAAUCCUUUAAUGACUAUGUAAGCACUGAAAGUCUAGAUGGUGAUAAUAAGUAUGAUGCGGGAGAUCAUGGAUUACAGGAAGCAGAGAAAGGAGUGAUCUUUUCAUCAUUUCCACCAGUUUUACAUUUGCAUUUAAUGCGAUUUCAGUAUGACCCCGUUACAGAUUGUUCAGUCAAAUUUAACGACAGGUUUGAAUUCUAUGACAAAAUAAGUCUUGGCAAAUAUUUGCAAAAUAAAGAAGCAACAAGUGCAGAUUAUACACUGCAUGCAGUCUUAGUUCACAGUGGAGAUAAUCAUGGUGGUCAUUAUGUUGUAUUUAUCAAUCCAGCCGGUGAUGGAAAAUGGUGCAAAUUCGACGAUGAUGUCGUCUCAAGGUGUACAAAGCAGGAAGCUAUUGAACAUAAUUUUGGUGGUCAAGAUGAGGACAUAUCUAUGGCUGUGAAACACUGUACGAACGCCUAUAUGCUGGUGUACAUAAGGAAUUCUGAAUUGGAAAACGUUUUACAAGAAGUUAAGGAAGAGGAUAUACCUCAAGAGCUGGUGGAGAGAUUGCAAGAGGAGAAGAGGCUGGAACAAAUAAGAAGAAAGGAAAGAACAGAAGCAUACUUGUAUAUAACCGUCAACGUCCUUCUCGAGGAUAACUUUGACGGUCACCAAGGAAAUGACUUGUAUGAUCCAGAGCAUGCUUUGUAUCGUGUAUUUCGCGUGCGUAAGCAGUGUACCUUGCACGAGUUUCUUGAAUUGCUGAGUGAUAGCUUGAAAUAUCCAAUAGAGCAAAUUCGUUUAUGGCCACUGAAUGUACGUUCAAAUCACACCUGUAGACCAAUGCCGCUCGAAUUAGAACCUGAUACACAGAAAUCCAUUUACCAGUACUCGGAAAACCCAAAUGUUUGGAAUGUAUUUGUUGAACUUGUUCCUCCAGAUUCAGAUUUAACAGCAUUGCCACCUUUUGAUAAAGACACUGAUGUUUUGUUAUUCUUUAAACUGUACGAUCCUAAAAACAAAAAGAUACAUUAUUGUGGUCAUCAUUAUAUGCCUGUCACAACUAAAGUCCAGGAACUUAUACCAAUUUUAAACAAAAGAGCCGGAUUCCCGCCGGGUACAGAAUUAGCCCUUUAUGAAGAAAUAAAACCAAAUUUGGUUGAAAAAAUAGACAAUUUAACAGAUCCGUUAGAAAAAGUCCUUGAAGAAUUAAUGGACGGAGAUAUUAUUGUUUUUCAAAAAGAAGGAGACAAUCAUAUGUAUGAACUUCCAACAUGUAGAGAAUACUUUAAGGAUCUGUUUCAUAGAGUUGAAGUAACGUUUUGCGACAAAACGAUUCCUAAUGAUCCAGGCUUUACAAUGGAACUCUCAUUGAGAAUGACAUAUGAUCAAAUGGCGAGAGCUGUGGCACAAAGAGUUGGCACAGACCCAUAUCUACUGCAGUUUUUUAAAUGUCAAAAUUACAAAGAUUCACCUGGACACCCAUUAAAAUGUACAUACGACGGAUCGCUGAAAGAUUUGGUUUCUUAUUGUAAACCAAAAACAAAGAAAUUGUAUUAUCAACAGCUCAGUAUUAGAGUAAAUGAGCUCGAAAAUAAGAAACAGUUUAAAUGUAUAUGGGUUGGUCCGUCACUUAAGGAAGAGAAGGAAAUUAUUCUUUAUCCCAAUAAAAAUGGAACUGUGGCUACUUUACUUGAAGAAGCUAAAAAGCAAGUGGAAUUGUCAGAAAAUGGAUCUGGAAAGUUAAGGAUAUUAGAAAUCAAUUGUAAUAAACUUUCGCCUGGUCCAAGAGAAGAUGUGCCCUUAGACAACUUAAAUACAUCCGGCACAAAGUUAUACAGGAUAGAAGAAAUUCCAAAUGAUGAGUUAAAUCUAGCAGAAGAUGAAAUGUUAAUUCCUGUUGCACACUUUCACAAGGACGUUUUCUCGACGUUUGGUAUUCCCUUUUUCUUUAAAAUUAAACAGGGUGAACCUUUUCCAAAAAUGAAAGAGAGAUUACUGAAGAAAUUGGGAGUACAAGAAAAAGAAUUUGAAAAGUUUAAGUUCGCGGUGGUGACAAUGGGAAAACCACACUUUAUUAUGGAUUCGCCCGAAUGCAUUGUGAAUCUCGCAGACUUCCGCACCCAUCCAAGUCAGAUUUAUCCACUUUUAAACGCAGGCACAUCGCCACACAGGCCUUGGCUUGGUUUGGAACACGUCAACAAAGCGCCAAAGCGUUCUCGUAUCAACUACCUCGAAAAGGCUAUUAAAAUUUACAAUUAAAUUUUCAUCAUGCGAAGAGGAAUAAAAUUAGGCAGCCACUCAUAUAAUUUAUACGAUUCUAUAAUAAGAAAGCGACGUCUGACACAGAAUGGUUGGAAAUGCGUUUGUGUAUUCGGUUCUUCAGCCAGAUAAAGCGCGGUUUUAAUAUUAUGAUCAUGUUAACGAAAGGUAAAUCUACGCUUUGUAUACGAUGGAUUAAGAGAGUGUUAUGACCAUGCAAUGAUACUUUAUGAAUCAUGGAAGUUCUCCCUUUCGAAUCGACAGGGAUUUUACGUAGUGGCUGGAUCGAUGGUACAACAUCGAUUCCACUAUGCACCAACAAUGGAUUAGACGCUUCUAUCCGUGAAAUCAAUUUUUGUAUUUGUAAAUAUAUUUGUCGCCUGAUGGCACUCGUUUAAAAGUA